UUUCCAUGUGUAUGGAAAUGUGCUCGCCGUUAACUCCUGCCAUCCCGGACCAAGAAAAAAAAACCCGAAAUAAUAAAACUUAAAAAAAAAAAAAAGGGGGGACAAGAUAAAGCUGUCCCCCCCCGGCAUUGUAUGGCCUCGUACACUUGAGGUGAGCUGACGCACAAUUGGGGAAAACAAUCUGAGAUGUCACAUAUAACGGUGCGGCGGCGGCGGCGAACAGGAAAAUGUCCUCAUCUAUGUGCUGCUCGGGUUCAUAGUAAACUUGCAGAGCAUAUAGGCAGACGUGCCGGAGGUCUUCUAUACUAUACAGGGUCUUCUCUCGGGUGGAACUACGGGAACUUACCAUGUUUCGGAUUUUAGACAAAUACCUUAGGUUUGAUGGGGAGAACAUGUAUAUGAGUAUGAAUGAGAGUAACCAGGACUUCCUUUCAACAAAUCAGAAUUAUAAUGGUCAAAAUGAAAGCAAUGAAGACUACGAGAUCCCGCCCAUCACUCCACCGAAUUUACCGGAUCAUUCCCUCAUGCACUUGGUGGACCAUGAGCCUGGAUAUCACUCACUGUGUCACAGCCUCCCCCCGAACAGCCUGAUACCGGCGUACUCCUACCAGAACAUGGACCUACCUGCCAUCAUGGUCUCCAGCAUGCUGAGCCAAGAUGGACACCUCCUCUCCUCUCAGCUGCCUACGAUACAGGAGCUGGUCCACUCCGAAGGAUCCUCUUAUGAUCCCAACCAUCAAGUCUCCUUGAUAAACCGAUCCGGAAUGCUGCCCAGUCACAUGAGUGCGCUCAGCCAAUCACAGCUUAUCUCCCAAAUGGGAAUGAGGAGUGGAGUUACCCACGGGUCACCGUCUCCACCUGGGAGUAAAUCAGCCACGCCCUCGCCUUCAAGCUCCACCCAGGAGGAGGACACAGACUCCCACUAUAAGGGUGCUGGAGAGAAACGACCUUCUGCUGACCUUGGUAAAAAACCCAAAAACCAGAAGAAAAAGAAGAAGAAGGACCCAAACGAGCCCCAGAAGCCUGUGUCGGCCUACGCCCUUUUUUUUAGGGAUACACAAGCAGCCAUCAAAGGACAGAACCCCAAUGCCACAUUUGGAGAUGUAUCCAAAAUUGUCGCUUCUAUGUGGGACAGCCUGGGCGAAGAACAAAAACAAGCCUACAAGAGGAAGACCGAGGCGGCCAAAAAGGAAUAUCUGAAGGCCCUGGCAGCCUACAGAGCAAGUCUGGUUUCCAAGAGCUACAGUGACCAAGGAGAGACGAAAAACUCCCAACCCAGUCAACCCUCCAAAAUGAUCCUCCCAAAGCAGUCCAUGUAUAAUCUGCCUCCGCAAUCUUCAUCGCCAUACCCCGGCCUGGCGUCAUUCCUGUCCCCCGCCGACCUGCCAAGUUACCGCAGUCACGCCCACCCAAGCCUUUCCCGAAGCCUCAACGCAAAAUCUAUGUUGCCCAGCAUCAGUGCCUCACCCCCACCCCCUUUCCAGAUCAGCCCCCCCAUCCACCAGCACAUGCGCCACCCUUCCAGCUCUCUCCUUAACCAAUCCCUCAAUAUGCAGCAAGUAUCCCAGCCCCCCAUCCUUUCUCCAUCCAUUGGACUACAGUCACCAAUGAGUUCAUCUCCCACAGGUCAACAGGACUUCUCACACCUCCCAUCAGAAUUUCCUAGCAAUGUUGGCCCACGAUCCCCGGCUUCCUCCAAUCCCCCCGGAAGCACAGAGUGGGAUAAUGAGUUUCCCAGCAGAGAGUGCGGCAUCAACCACUGCAGUACCCUGUCAGGAGACAAGUCUCUCUACCUCACCUAGAACCACAAACUAACCUGUACACGAAAGCCGAAGGAACGGACAUUUCAGAGAGUCUACAGCACUGGACAUCUAGAAGACGGACGGCACAGUCACCAAGAAAAGCCAAACUUCAGCGGUUUGUUCUUGGAAAGCUUUAAAGAACCGGCUUGGUUUACAGACAUAAACUUGGUGAAGGCAAAGAAGCCAAGCUCCCAAAACUUCUAAAGAACAAAAGAGACACCUCUUGUGGCCGGCAUAUUUGCUAUGGAAAGCAUGGGGAUGAGUUCAUCCAGGCAUAUAAAAUAUGUAAAGAGGUUUGUUAAUAUUGUAUAUUUCAAAUGAGCCCCCACCCCCCACCCCCCCCACCCCCCUCCGAAAACCAAACAAUACUUCUUAUAAGUGGAAAACAAGAAAUACCUAAAUAAAAUGUGCAAAUAUACGAAAAAUAAAAAAAACAACAAAAACAUGGAAAAUGUGAUAAAAAAAAAAUUAAUAAAAGUCUGAAAAAUAUAAUUUGUUGAAUAGUUGUAAGUAGAAUUAUCAUGUGGUUUAGGACUGUGCUCAAGACAUCUUUACGAUUUUCUUUGUGUAUAGAAAUAAAAGGAGUAGCUUACUUUAUAGUAAAAGCAUUUUAUAUUAAUUGUAGCACAUUUUUUAGUUAUACAUAGGAUGUGUAAAAUACUGCCAAAUUUUUGUUUUUCCUUUUUUUUCUCCUUUUAUUUUUUAUUAUUUUUAUUUUUUAUUAUUAUUUUUUUUUUUUACAGUACGAAAUUUAUUUCUAUCUGUGCGGAGUCAUGAACUUAUUCUAUUUUUUAUUUUAUUUCGGGUCAUAAUUUCACCUUAUUCUAAAUUGUUGACGAUAAUUUUAUUUAUGAGAAGAAGAAGAAAAAAAAAGAUACAAAGCGAAUAUCUGAUUUAAUAAUUAAAAAAACGGCUUUUUUAUGUUUUUCUCAAUCUGCGCUGAAUUCAUGUGCAGUCAGAAUAUUCAUUUUAUUUCACGACUGCUUAUUUGAUUUUUCUUUUUAAUAAAAAAAAACAUUUGAAAA